UUACAAUUUAUGUGUGUACUGUAAUAACUGGUCAGUCAUUGUAGUGUUUAUCUUAUAUUUGAAAAAGACAACCAAUGCAUUUACUGUGCAUAAACCUAAUUCUGCACUUUAGUGGCAGUGAAAAGUCGCAUUGCAUGGAUGCUGGUGCAUGCUUUGCAGAUUCUCAGCUCACUGCAUCACUGUUUGUCUCUGCUAACAGUUUAGAUCUGGGAGCCAUAUGGUGCUUCCAAGUAUCUUGCUGUUAUUACAGAUCUUUCAACGUCUGAGCUAAAACUGUAGAAAACACUCAUCUGUCUACCUGCUGUCACACAUUUAAGAGGUGGUUUGGGACAUAAAGACAGAUUAGGUUUUGCCUGGAUUGGUGUGCAAAUGUCAACUUAAUUUGCUUAGAAUAGAAUUUGACAGGGUCUGAUUAAGUAUUGUUUGAAAUAAUAAUAAAAAAUGAAAAUAUGCAUUAUACAUAAAUACACAAUUUAAGGGAUAGUUCACUGAAAAAAUGAAAAUUAUUUUUCUUAACAAAAAGAGAGACAUUUGGGUUUAUAACAACACAGGGGUGAGUAAACAAUGACUGAAUUAUCAUAUUUGGGUGAACUAUCCCGCUAAGUUAAGAAAAUGUAAUUUAACUUGAGUUUCAGUUAAACAGUUAAUUCUCCAUCCUGCAUUUAUAUGCAUUAAGUCAAAUUAAAAUGCAAUGUAAGAAUAUGACUGUGCAUUAAGAGUGAUUAUUUGUAGCUUUGCAAUAAAAGCAACAUAACACAAAUACUGUACAUCAAUACAGUACUAUACAUAUGUUAUUAUAAGCUGGGCUUAAAAUGAAACACUCAAUUUUAUAUCAAAUGAAACAGCAGGUCCCUGCUCCGUCUCUCCAAUGGGUCCUUGGCCUGAAAAUGUUGAAGACCCAUGAUCUAGAUAAUCUAUUUAAUGGCUUAUCUGGAAGCAAGUUUUCUCAAAGGAAUUUAUCCUGUCUUAUAAACGUUCUUCUUUUUUUCUCCUCUUUAAUGAUUCUUCUGUUCUUAAGUAGAGCAAACAUGCAGAACGCAGAGGCCGUGUCAGCAACUAUAACCACCAAUAGGAACUGUACAGUGGAGAUCACCAAUGUCACCACUGCUUAUUGCCUAAUCAACCCAAAGGUGUACAUGUUCAGUGGGUUUAGUUGCCAUCCUCCCCAGCCCACCAUCCGCACCACCAGGACCGAGGUAUGCUCAUUCACUAAGGAUGACAACACAGCCACCGGGGCAGUGGGCCUCUUGACCUAUGACCUCUUCCAAAUGAAGAAAUCUAUGUGCACUGAGCGUGUGGCUGUUCUGUUCUCUGUGCCCUUUGACUACAAUCACAAUAAGAAUGUGUUGGGCAUCGGGAUAUUUGAGAGCAGCCGUGGAUGUGACAAGGCCCUGUACAAGCACAUGUAUGAGGGCAAGGACCUCAGUCAGUUUACCCGUGUAGAUGCAGCAGGAUCUGGAAUCGUCCUCAAGGGACAAAACAUAGACUUAAGGGCGACCAUGUCCAAUGUUGGCAAGGCUAUAAUUAAACUGGAGCUCUAUGAUAAGAUGGGUCACUAGAAAUGGCUUUAGGAAACGUGUUCCCUUUUGAUAAUUCAUUUAUUGAAAUAUUUCAAAAUAGUUUUAAAUACUUUUGAUUACUCACUUAUCCAAAAUGAUAUGCAAAAAUGCAUAAUGGAUUUUGUUAUGACAUUGUGUUUUUAAAUCUGGUCUUAUGAAAAUUAUGUGACUGUGGUGACAAUUUUGUAAAAGAAUAUUAAAUGAUUUAUUGCAUGUAUUACAGCAGUUCUGAGGUUAAAUGUUCACACAAAAAAAAGAAAGAAAAAAAAGAGUUAAAUGUUCUCCCAACAGAUUGUUUAUGUUAAUGCUCUAUUGAGUUUUUAAUCCACAAACCCUACAACCCUACCCUAUAUCUUAACCUUAAAGCUAACGCAAACUGAUAGUGCAUACAAAGAAAUGUGAUAUGAAAAAACACAAUUGCUGAAGCAACUAUGUCAUUUUAUGGUGCUUCUAUGACACUUCUGGAUCAAGUGUCAACUUGCAUGCUCUUCUGGAUUCAUACCCCAGACUUUUGCAUUGCAAGUGCUUGUAAUUGUAGCAGGUUAUAUAAUGCAAACAUUAAAAUGUAUCGUUUUACAAUUCACUUGUUAUAGUACAAUUGUUAAUUGUCAUAAGAUAGCAUUAUAAGUGUCUAUUAACAAAAAAUCUGCCGUUUUACUCGUGAUUUGUGUGAAUAAGAAUAAAGGGAAUUGUAUUUUUUGGUCCUCUAGUGUUCAAACUGCCAACAUAUGUACAAUAAGCUACAUAAAAAUAAUUGAGCAAAAUUGUAGAUAAAGUGACGUGAUUGUUGAUGUCUGUGUUUCUACCUACAUUGAUUUACACAUUUCUGAAGUGUAUAUUAUCUCCAAAACAAGCUUCUUAAUAAAAACGUGAAAA